AUGAAACGACUAGUCUUUCCAAAUAUAGUGGAGUCAAACAAAGAAAUCAUGUCUCUGACAAACACCUGUGUGAUGAAUGCUGUUGGGGUUAAGCCAGCACUGCCUGGAAUUUCGAGCUCGAAAAAGUUCGGAUUUUUUAGCUUCAAUGGUGGAAAUCGAGCCAUUGAUUCGAAAACCAGAGGGGUUUGCCUAAUCAAGGCUUCUAUGGAAGAGACGCAGACGCUUAAACUGGAUGUUAAUGGCAGGGUGGAUAAGUUGACAAAUGGGCAUGCAGGGAAAAAUGAUAACCAAUUGUCUACGGUAGGAAAUUCAACCAACAUAAAGUGGCAUGAAUCCCAAGUUGAAAAAAUUGACAGGCAGAAGCUUCUCCAACAGAAGGGUUGUGUUAUUUGGAUAACCGGUCUCAGUGGUUCAGGGAAGAGCACUGUGGCAUGUGCCUUGAGUCAAAUGUUGUACCAGAGAGGAAAGUUGUCUUACAUUCUUGAUGGCGACAACGUCAGGCAUGGCCUAAAUCGUGACCUUGGUUUUAAAGCAGAAGACCGUGUAGAGAACAUAAGGAGAGUUGGGGAGGUGGCAAAACUAUUUGCAGAUGCUGGAUUUAUUUGCAUUGCUUGCCUGAUUUCUCCAUACAGAAGGGAUCGGGCUGCCUGUCGUGCAAUGUUACCAAGUGGAGAUUUUGUUGAGGUGUUUAUGGAUGUUCCCCUCCGAGUUUGUGAGGACAGAGACCCAAAAGGCUUGUAUAAGCUUGCUCGUGCAGGGAAGAUCAAAGGUUUUACUGGCAUUGAUGAUCCAUAUGAACCUCCAUUGGAUGCUGAGAUAGCGUUGCAAUGCAACACAGGAGACUGUUCUACCCCAUAUGACAUGGCUCAAAAGGUCAUUUCGUACUUGGAGGAAAAAGGGUUUCUCCAAGCAUAA